GUUUCCCGAUUCGCCUUGCGUUAUUUUACUUUUGUGAAAGAAUGGCGGCAGAAAUGAAAACGGAAGUUUUGGAAGAUAUGUUAGAGCGUCUAAGAAAUAUUAAUCAGACUCUUGACACUAUGACAACGAUACUCGUCCAAACCCAGGAUAGCAUGCACUCGGCUGUACAGUGCCAGGAUUACCUCAAUAAGAGUAUCAAACCACUGCAUACAGCAUUGCUACAACAAGAAGAGCCAGCUUCCACAAUCCGUGCUACACUUCCAGUUCAAACUGAAUGAGUUGCUUGAGGAAAUGUAGUUUAUAUAGUUCAUUUGGUUAAUAAAUUUUUAUCUAAAUAACAGUUCUCAGCUGCAGGCAUUAUUGUGACUCGUCAGAAAGAUUUUGAAAACAGGUUUUUCUUUUGUACAUUAUUGCAGUAGAUUAAUUUUAAACAAUUUGUGUUGUUUUGCAGUUUAAAUAUUUUGCCUUUACUGGAUUUUUAUUAAUCUGAUCAAUAUUUGAUUCUGUAUCUGUAAAGUAAAACUGAUGUUUUUUUUAAAAGUUAGUCUUUCAAAUAUGACCCUUUUUGUCAUUGUUUGCAUAAUUAAGUGAAUUUGUCAGUUUUCAGAAUGUAGACCUUUUUAUGUGUAACAAAGUAAUAUUUGUGCUUAAUUUGAAUGAAGAUUACCAAAACUAAACCCACCAAACUUUUCAUUUUUAUUUUUGACGUGCCUCUUGUCUUGCUGACUGCUAAUGUGUUUAAAUAUUUAAUUCCUUCUUUUGAAGCUGGUGGAUACCUGUGAUUCAGCAGAUUCCUUAUCUGGAAAUCACAACAUGUUUAGAAAGAAGGAGGUGUUAAGAGAACAAGGGUGUUACCUGUAAAUUCCAUAUCAUUUGCUGAGAUAUAAUUAACUCACAGAUUAGUAUCUUUUUUCUGGUAGUUGAAUGUUCUUCGCCCAGAGCUAAAACUGAGUGACAGCUUAUUAUGGAUUUCAUUGACUGCCUCCGUUUGCCUUCACUUUAUUUUGCAUUUACUUUCCUAUAUAUGACUACUAUUCUGCAUAAACUUUUAAAAGGUGGAUUAAAGCCAGGGCCAAAGUGCUUCUGGAACCUUCUGCUUGUUGUUAUUGGAGAAAUGGUGUGCUUUUUCAUGCUGCCUGGAUAUGUAGGACUUUUUCUGUUGUGUCUGGAAUUUCUUCUUUCACUCACUGUUUUGAGAAAAUAUGAAGAAUUUCUUCCAGUGAGCAAUAAAGCAUUGUUGAUUACAGGAUGUGAUUCUGGGAUCGGCAAAGCACUGGCAAAACACUUUGACAAACUUGGUUUUACCGUUUUUGCUGGUGUUCUCAAUGAAAAAGGACCAGGCCCCGAUGAGCUGAGAAGAAGCUGCUCAGAAAGGCUUUCACUUAUACGUUUAGAUGUGACUGACACAACACAGAUUUCCCAAGCCUACUUACAGGUUAAGGCGUAUAUGGCAGACACAGUGCUUUGGGGUGUUGUGAACAAUGCAGGAGUACUUGGAUAUGUAACUGAUGCUGAGGUUCUGCCAGUGACAGUUUAUCAGAAGAAUAUGGCUGUCAAUUUUUUUGGUGCUGUUCAAGUUUCCAAAACAUUUCUGCCAUUAUUGCGGCAUUCCAAAGGUCGAUUAAUUACCAUAUCCAGCAUGGCAGGGGAGGUUCCAAUACCAGGCUUUUCAUCUUAUGGAGCGUCAAAAGCAGCUCUUGUUUGUUUUGCAAAUGUUCUAAGGCAGGAGCUUUUCAAGUGGGGCGUCAAAGUGAUCAACAUCCAGCCUUCAGCUUUCAAAACAAACAUUUUGGGCACCAUUGAUGAAUGGGUUAAUAACAGGAACCAGGUUCUUUCAAGUCUCUCACCAGAGAUUAAAAAUGACUACGGAGAAGAAUAUUUCAUUGCUUCAGAUGACAAGUGGAAAAAAAUGAUGUUGGAUUCCCCAGAUAACCUGAAGCCUGUCCUGAAUGAUGUGUACCAUGCACUAAUGGCAAAAUUCCCAGAGCAUCUGUAUAGGCCAGGCAAAGGAGCAUGGCUUAUUCCCUUUAUCCACACUUACUUUCCUGUUUACAUUAAUGAUUUUCUCAUAGGUAUGCUUUUUGCAACAAAUAAAUAUUAUCCAAGAGCCUUAAAAAAUAAAUACUCAAAUGAGCCUUAAAAUGUAAAUCGUACAAAGCCAGCAGCUUAAUGUAACUUUUGCUG